AGUUCUGGGUCCCCCUCUUCUCUAAGCCAGCUGGUCUGGCUUAACAUCACGUCUUUCUUUCUUUUUUAAAUCCUUUCUUGUUUGAUACAAGGGAUUGACCGAGCAAACCCACAGCUGGAGCUGCUGGGGAACCUUCCAGGUGAAGACUGAACAAAAAGCAGCGGUGCUCGCUGACAGGAAGCGCGUGCUCCAGGAGCUUCGCGGAUGGACUGAGCCGCUGGACGGAGACACGCAGAGCCGAGUGACGCCAGACAUGCGGAGCUGAGCGCAGAGGAACCAGCAGUGUGGGAUUGAAAAGUGAGAAACUGUGAAGGCCAGAAAGUCGAUCGGAGGAGCCAAAGAAGAAGAAGACGUUUGUGACAAAGAGACAAAAUAUCCAAGAUGGGGAGGAAAAAGAUUCAGAUAGCGAGGAUUAUGGAUGAACGGAACAGACAUGUGACAUUCACCAAGCGUAAGUUUGGUCUGAUGAAGAAGGCGUACGAGCUGAGCGUGCUGUGUGACUGCGAGAUCGCCCUCAUCAUCUUCAACAGCACCAACAAGCUGUUUCAGUACGCCAGCACCGACAUGGACAAAGUUCUGCUCAAAUACACCGAAUACAACGAGCCGCACGAGAGCCGGACCAACUCCGACAUCGUGGAUACCCUGCGUAAGAAAGGCCUAAACGGCUGCGAAAGCCCCGACAUCGAGGCCGACGACUCUGCAGGCCAGAGCCCAGAGUCAGACGACAAAUACCGCAAAAUCAACGAAGACAUCGACCUGAUGAUCAACAGACAGAGAAUCUGUCAGGGUCUGCCCCCCUCCAACUACGACAUGGGAGUGUCCAUCCCAGGCGGUAACCCCGGUGGACUGCUGUACUCCCACCCCGGCAUAGGAGGCCUCAGUAACCACAACCUGCUGCCCAUCUCACACACACACCUGCAGAGAAACAGCAUGUCGCCCCCGCGGCCCCCCAGCACCGGAAACGCAGGUCUGAUGGCUUCAGAGCUGCCGAGCGCUGUGGUCUCCAGCGUGGGAAAUGGCAGCUACAGCAACCACUGCACCUCCCCCGGGCUGCUGUCUCCUGGAGGGGUUUCCAAGAACAUGCAGGACAAGAGUCCUCCAAUGAGCAUGAGCCGCAAGCCCGACCUCCGGACGCUGAUGCCCCCCUCCAACAAGUGCAACAACAUGCCGACCAUCAACCAGAGAAUAAAUCACUCUCAGAGCGCUCAGACGCUGUCGACUCCUGCCGUGUCCAUCGCUGCUCAGACUCUACCUGGACAGGGGAUGGGCGGCUAUCCGUCCACACUCUCCUCCUCUUAUGGCACAGAGUUCUCCCUCGGCAGCGACCUGUCCUCCCUCUCUGGGUUUGGAGCUUCUGGUCUUGGAUCAGUGACAAACUGGCAGCAGCAGCAGCAGAUACAGAACCUGCAGCACUCAGCACUGGGACACAUGGGGAACUUGUGUCAGAACUCAAACCUGAACCUCCCCUCCGGCCACCAGCACCUCCACAUCAAGUCCGAGCCGGCCUCCCCUCCCAGAGACCGGAGUGUCGGGAUGAUCGGCGCGGGGCUCGGCGGAGGCGUGACCACGGCCGGGUACUCCGCCGUUGGCCGGGGCCCCGGCGAGCCGGGCCGCUCCCCCGCCGACAGCGCGUCCAGCUGCGGGAGCUCGUACGAAGGCAGCGAGGAGCGCGAGGAUCACCAUGGGAACGACAGCUUCCUCCUCCGGCCUCUGUCCAAUCAGGAGGAGCAUCACAGCCCGUCAGUAAAACGGAUGAGGCUAUCAGAGGGGUGGGCGACAUGAUGGGAGCCGGUCUGCAGCCAGAGGGUGUUAGUAAAGUUACCUUAUAGUGUUAUUAUUCUAUUAUCAUAUUCUCCUUGUACUGAGUGGGUGUGCUCUAUGUGUAAUGGUAACAUGUACGUGCGGGGGGUCAGAGUCUGGUUUCUAUGGAUACAGCUGCUGUAGUUACAUCAUGUCCUGCAGCUGUAAGCGAGAGAUCAGGACGCGUUUAUCAAACUUCUAACCAUGAAAACAUUUCUUCCUUUGACUCGCAGCAACGCGUAACUGAUCACAUUCAUGUGAUCUAAUGACAGGGGUGCUCAGAGCAGGAUCAGCCAAUCAGAGUCAAGGAUUUACUCUGUAGCUGCCCUGUUAAAAAUGUUCUUUUCUGCAAAAACAUUCAUGAUUUAAAGUUCAUUUGUGUGUGAAAUCAGCUAUUCUCACACACCAAUCUGAUAUAUUUAUAAUAUUUAACUGGCUUUAAUUAAAUAAUAAUAAGAAUAAACUGGAGCGCCAUCUGCUGAUGGUGCAUCAAUGAAGUAAAAGUGAAGGAUUUUUCUGUGACGUCAGCAGUUUGAUAAACGUGAGACGAACAUGUACUGAAGCAGCUGGAGAGUCGGUGGGUGUACAUGUGUGGCUUGUUUUGUGUGUGUGUUGGGGUGGGGGCGGGAGGGGGGUAUAAGUAAAUAACAAAUAUGUCACAUGCACAUUCUCGUAUGUGCGCAUGUAUGCAAACUAACAGAAAGGUCAAAGUGAAGUCUGGUACUCUGAGCGGUUGAUCACUGGAGCCGUGAGAGCAGGUGUUGCAGGUUCAACAUAUUUGCGCACAUUGAAGCAUAAAGCACAUCUGAAUAUGAUUGUAUGGAAGGUAAAGUGUGGCAAAUAACAGCAGAUAGAGAGAGAGGAAGUACAGGAUGAGGAAGAGGAAGUCGCUCCGGUGAGAGAGAGACGGUGACUGAGCAGGUUUUAGAGCGAGUGAUGAGAAAGUUAUUUGCAACAGGUUGCAUAGAAAAGACGCUUUGGACGAUUUUCACUUGAUGUGAAGACGCUUAUCAGAGUUAGUGAAUAAUUUUCAGAGCUGUGUUAGAAAAAAAUGUGAUUUUUAGCAAAUUCGAUCCAGAUACACAAAACUAUGGAAGCAAAGAAAGGCUGAGAGUCACCACAACUGAGUGCUUUUACUUUUUAUUUCCAUAUAUGUAUUUACACUCUAAAAAUACAACCGUGAUUAAAGAUGUGAUACACAAAGACAUUCGUGUACUGUACAUACAUAUAGAAAAUAUACACACUCAAUGAAGAUGAAGCCUGCGCAGGAGAAAGUUUUAAUAUCUCCUAAAAAGUCAACAAGGCAACAUAUGCAGGCCUGCAGUCAUUAUAAAUACUGAGGGAUGAAAAACUAUGAAGCAAAGACUUUUCAACAAGGUCAUUCAUUUAAAGCGCUUUGCAUAUAAGACACAUUUAAAGAAAAUUGUGGUUCAAAAGAAGAAAAAAUAAGCUAAAAUAGAAUAAAACAGAUGAAAUGAGAAAAGUUUUAAGUUCCAAAUGUUUCGGAUGUUUUUAAAGGAAACAAAGAUGUUGAACAUGCGUCUGUAUCUAAAUUCAACAAGCGAAAUUUAAAUACAGCUGAAUUUGUGAUAAUUGAAUAUUUUUCUUUGAAAACAAUUGAUCUGAAUUUAGUUUUUCGAUUUUGAUUUUAGGGAUGUUGUUUGUUUUUUUUUUCUCUUUAAAAGUUUGCAAAUUCAGAUUCUUUCAAAUUGAAGCGUCCAAUUAAAAAAGCUUUUCAAUUCAGAAAAGAUGAAAUGACCUUCUGGAAACUUCGGAGAGGGAAAAUCAAACCACGUAACUUCACAUCGAUGGCUUUCAAAAUAAAAUGUAGUGUUGUUCAAGUAUUCAGUUACAUUUCACAGUUAAAGAAAAAGAAAUCAGUUUACUUUGGCCUUUGUUUGCUUCCAUACAAAAACUACCUACUUUAUUUUCCAAUAAAACAAACGAAGCUUCUGUGUUUUUUACGUAUUAGACGACAGAGAAGUCACAUUCACACUCGAGUGAUGAACAAGCACGGCGAGCGUUAGCAUGUGCUAACAGACGUGCAGCAGAGUGAGGAAGGAACUCCUAAAAGCCAUAUCCGACAGGACAGAGAUGCUUUCUGCACAGUGUUUAUCGUUUUUCAAUUCCUUAUUAUAUCAAAUUGAUAUUCUUGGAUGUCUGCAGCUCUGUUUAAUAAGUUAACAGUCAGAUGAAAAGCAGAGAGUUUUUAUCCAACAUUCAGGGAGAUUUUAAGAAAAAAAAAGUUAAGGAUUCACCUUUAAAGUUCAGUUGGUGUCAGAUUCAACAUUAUAUCACAGUGACAAUCAACUCCGGCACAACAUGCAUGAUUAUUAAAAUAUACUGCAGUAUUUACAGUGGUGGAAGAAGUACUCAGAUCAUUUACCGAAGUAAAAGUGCCAAUACAACAAAUGUAAAACUACCCCAUUACAAGUCCUUCAUUCAAAAUUCUACUAAAGUAAAACUACACAAAUGUUAUCAGCUUCAUGUCCUUAAAGUAUCAGCAGUAAAAGUACAGUAGUACUCUCAGAUUCAUGCCGUAAAAGUACUGUCUGUGCAGUAAAAUGUCUCCUGAUCUCUGAAUCUAUGAGACAAGAUACUGAAGCGUCAGUGUUAGAGCAGCAUUUUACUGUCAUAUUCAGUUAGCUAGUUUAGUCCAGUGGGGCCCAACGUAGGGGUCGGGCCCCUCCAAAGGGUAACCAGAUAAAUCUGAGGGGUCGUCAGAUGAUUGAUGGGAAAAUUUCUGACGCUGAAAAUCAGAUUUGUUUUCUUGGACUUUAGUUUUUGCUUUUUUUUUUUUUUUUGUUAAAUAGUGGAUCAUUUUACCUUUUUGAACCUCAGUUAUUUAAAUAAAACUAUGAGAGAACAACUCACCUGAAACACAACAAAGAGGUUCAGAACCUUUGUUUUAAUCUUAAAUGUUGUGUUUUAUAAGCUUAUAAUAUGAUUUUAAUAUAAAAUGUCAAUCUUAAAUAUAACCAGUAACUAAAGCUGUUAAAUACAUGGAGUGAAGUACUGUACAAUAUGAAGUCAGUACAGUAUCUGAGGAAACAUUUUGUGCAGUAGAAGUGAAAAGUGUCAGAAAAUGGAAAGACCCAAUGAAAGUACUCAUAGAUAUACUAAAGUACAGGUCUUGUGUAAAUGUACUUAGUUACUUACCACCACUGUAUAUGUGUGCUGUAACUCUACAGGGGCGUCAUGGACACUUUGAGUCAUUUGUGCCUUGUAGCUCAGAGUAGAGUAACGACAGAGUAGCUGCAGCUGGCUGACAGAUCCACAGGGAGGCGGCUGAGGGUCCUUCACAUUUGAAUAUUUUGGUUUAAAAACUGUAUAUUUGGAGCUCAGACUUUCAGCCCCCCCUGCUGGAAAUCCAGUGAUUCGAUUGACCGUUUGAAGGCCCGCAGCUUUGGGCAGAGCCCACGUGUGUUUUCCUCUUUGACGACCGUGUUGUCUCCGGGUUGGUCGGCUUCCAGCUCAGACUUCCUGCGGCGGCGCUCUGGACCCCCCGGCUGAAGGAGGAGAGCCAGGAGCUCGUCCUCAGGCUCAGGUGAAGUCAGCUGUGCGCAGGUGGAGGUGGAAGGUGAAAUGUAAACUAACCAAAGUGUAAAAUAUCCUGUUUAUUUGUGUUUUUGGUUUGAUUCUUUAAUGAGUAACUGCCUGGACUUUGUCAAGUCUGUCAUCUUGUACCUCAAAUGCCCCGAUGAAAUUAUUUGUAUUUGGCGACAUCAGCUGAAUGUCAAUGGACACUUUGCUGUAUUUUCCCCUCUUUACAUGCACUAAUGCUUCUAAUAACACCAAUCAAAUAUUAUAAAGAGAUUGUUAGCGGCAUAAGCUGGCCUUUGUCGCCACUUGGAGACACUGUUUCUCAGAAGAAAAACAAAGUGCACCUCUGUUGUCGCAGCCAGAGAUCGUGUACAGCAGUUCCCUCACUCAGAAUGUGGUAGUAUUUGUAUUUUGCAGAAAAAUAUUCAAAAAUAUACAGGCUCUGUUACA